GGCGUGGCGGUCACCUUCUCUUUUGAGAGUUCCCUGCUUCUGUAAUUCCGAUUCAAAGAUUUAAUCACCUCAAUACGAACCUACAUGAAGAUCUUAUUCUGCUCUAAAAGCUCCGUCUGUUUUCUCCUCUUCUUCAUUUCGCUCUUUGCUUCUACUAUUCAACUGAAUCAGGAUUUUGAAGAAUCAGAAGCUGCUAGAACUCUUAAGCAAGUGGAGGAGGAUGUUCAGGAAAUACACUGUUCAAGAGAAAGGAGUAGGGCAGCAUGGGAAAUUAUUGAGGAGUAUUUGAUGCCCUUUGUGGAGAAAGAACCCUAUCAGAUUUCAACUAGGUGUAGACUUCACCCUGAUAAUGAUUUGUUUAGAGAUCAGGAACAGCAUAAAUUCCAGGUGGAUAUAAAUGAAUGGAGAUGUGGAUUCUGUAAGAAAAGGUUUUAUGAAGAGAAACAUCUUGAUCAGCAUUUUGACAACAGGCACUAUAAUUUGCUGAAUGUGAGUCAAGGCAAGUGCUUGGCUGAUGUGUGUGGUGCAUUGCAUUGUGAUCUCAUGUUGGAUUCUGCACGACGGAAGACUAAAUGCAAUCCUGCAGCCGCUGCGAAGAAUCAACAUUUGUGUGAGAGUCUGGCCAAUAGUUGUUUUCCUGUCAAUGAGGGUCCUUCAGCAAGCCGUCUUCAUGAAUUCUUUUUGCGCCAAUUUUGUGAUGCCCACACAUGCACUGGGAAUAGGAAACCAUUUUCAAAAGGGCGCAAGAAGCAGACAAGUAUAACCUAUGUGACGCUUUCCAUUUUGGCUUUGAUGACGCUGCCACUUUUCUACAUUUUUGUUUACUUGUACCAAAGGGGAAUAAGAAGGGGCACCCAAGAGCUGAAACGUAUCUCAGAAAGUAAGCACAAGAAGUCUUUUUAGUUGGGAGAAGAGCAAGACAAUUAAAAGAUUUAUUGAUUGACUUGACAAGAAUUCUAUCAGGGUACCGAUUCAUUUACUGCGUUUGGCCCUGAAAAGAUAUGCCACUCAAGAUUUAUUUGAAUAGGCAAAUUUACUAGGUUACAGAUGAAGUUUCUCUGACAUCACUGUUAUUGAAAGAAUCGUGGGCCUCAUGGCUAUGAUGGAUUGGCCUUUUUUGAAUAGGAAUAUGUUGUACAUCAAAUAUACGUUUUUUUGGUAAGUUACAUCAAAUAUAUGUUACUAGAGCUCACACCCUGAAAGUUGACAGUAUUACUUUUA